AUGGAAACUGUCUAUGCCAUUCAUAAUUUUUACGCUGAAAAUGAUGAUGAACUUACGUUUAAAGUUGGUGAUCCGAUCUUAGUAUUGGAAAAAGAUGAAAUGUAUUGGGAUGGCUGGUGGCAGCCUAGAAUACAAAAGCCUUCCGCAAAUGAAACAAUUGUCGAUAUACAAAGCAAAUUACAUCAACUUGUGGCAAAGAAACAUCAAAAAAACAAUUCUGAUCUAAAACUGGACACUUCCAGUUUUAAAUCUAAUUCUGCUCCAAAGGAUCCUGAUGAAAGAGAUAAACUGGAAUGUCCACUUC